GUCUCGUAAUGAUUUGUAUUAUGAAAGACGGUGGGGACUAUUCCAACCCUCACUCGCAAAAAACAAAAUACAACUAAUAAGGGUUUUUCUUUUCUUUUCAUUUCAUUCAUUCUCUUCUUUUCUUUAUUUAUUUAUAUUUAUUUAUAUUACUCACACACUCUUCCUUAUCGUAUUUCAGAUUCAUCAUUCAGGUUUUUUCCACUCAUGGCUUCCAAUUCGCAAAAGGAUAUUCCUGCUGAUGACAAAUCUGGUUCAGCAGAGAAUAAAACUGUCAAAGAUGAAACAUCCACUAAACCAACUCCUGGACCUGCGGCUGGUUUUGCGGGUGCCAACCCUUUUGAUUUCUCAGCAAUGAGUGGUCUGCUCAAUGAUCCAAGUAUCAAGGAAUUGGCCGAACAAAUAGCAAAAGAUCCAUCAUUCAAUCAGAUGGCUGAACAGCUUCAGAAAACUUUGCAUGGAACAUCUCAGGAUGGUCUCCCAAACUUCGAUAAUCAGAAGUAUUUGUCGACCAUGCAACAAGUCAUGGAGAAUCCUAAUUUUAUGACCAUGGCUGAGCGCCUUGGUAAUGCAUUGAUGCAGGACCCAUCAAUGUCUUCCAUGCUCAAUAAUUUUACCAAUCCAUCAAAUAAAGACCAGCUUGAAGAGAGAAUGGCACGCAUCAAGGAAGAUCCAUCUUUGAAACAUAUUUUAGAUGAGAUAGAGACUGGUGGUCCCGCUGCAAUGAUGAGAUACUGGAAUGAUGAGGAGGUUUUGAAGAAGUUGGGACUAGCCAUGGGCAUUAAUCCAAACACUGGAGAGGCAGCUGCUUCUUCUGACAAUUCUGUGCCAGAAGAGACAGAAGAUGUGGGAAAUGAAGAUGAAUCAAUUGUUCAUAGUACUGCUAGUGUUGGUGACGUCGAGGGCUUGAAAGCUGCGCUAGCCUCUGGUGCUGAUAAGGAUGAAGAAGAUUCAGAGGGAAGAACUGCUUUGCAUUUUGCUUGUGGAUACGGCGAGGUGAAGUGUGCGCAAGUACUCCUUGAGGCUGGAGCAAAAGUAGAUGCUUUGGAUAAGAACAAGAACACAGCUCUUCAUUAUGCAGCAGGUUAUGGCAGGAAGGAAUGUGUGGCCCUGCUCGUUGAAAAUGGAGCUGCCGUUACUCUACAGAAUAUGGACGGAAAAACUCCUAUAGAUGUUGCGAAGUUAAACAAUCAAGAUGAUGUCCUAGAGCUGCUUGAGAAAGAUGUUUUUCUGUAAAUGCAUGAUGGAUGCGAUGCCAUCAUCAAAAAGAAAAGGGGAAACUGUGGGGGAAAAACAAAAGCAUGAUAUGGUGGUGACUUUGUUUAUCUUUUGAUUUCUUUCAAUCGUUGUUUUGAACUUAAUUAGUCACCAUAAUAUUUGUUAUUCAUACACUAGUAAUGCAUUUGUUUGUUGUUACAAUGCAAGAUUAUGAAGAUUAGUGCGUUCACGGUUUCUUAA